AUGCUGAUUGUUUUGCUGUUAGUGGUUGGAGUGACAUCUCACUUCUUUCCUCCUAUGCCUCUUCCAUUUGGAAUGAUGGGACCACCAAUGGGACCACCAAUGGUACCGAUAAUGGGACCGCCAAUGUUCCCACCGAUGGGUCCACCAAUGCUCCCACCACCAAUGGGCGGACCAGGAAUGGGCGGACCAGGAAUGGGCGGACCAGGAAUGGGCGGACCACCAAUGGGCGGACCAGGAAUGGGCGGACCACCAAUGGGCGGGCCAGGAAUGGGCUCACCAGGAAUGGGCGGACCAGGAAUGGGCUCACCAGGAAUGGGCGGACCAGGAAUGGGCGGACCAGGAAUGGGCGGAGCAGCGGGUGGAUCACAAAUGGGCGGACCAGUGGGUGGCGGACUCCAUGGUCCAGGGCAGCAAGGGGGUCCUCCUGUUGGAAAAUAA